AUGGAAGCUUUGCAGCUUGAGGCGCGUGCCAAGGCAUUGAAAAUUCCUCAACCCAAGGCGGCUUCGACAAGGGGUUCGGCUCGCACUGCCUCGACAGCUGCGGCGAAGGCAAAGGCCAAGGCUGAAGCGGAUCCACCACCUGCAGAGCCAACCUCAGCAGCACCCAAGAAACGGGACCCUGCCAAGAAGAUCAUCUCGCUGGCUCGGACCAUGGAGGACGAGAGCCCAGGUAGUCUACGUGGCAUCAAGUUCUUGGGGGAGCUUGACUUGGGUCAUGCUGAAGCGAGAUUACAUCAACUUAUCUAUGACUGGAAGCUCACUGUGCCGGUACACAUUUCCCAAAUCAAACGUGGGCUAGUGACUGUCCCAAUGAUUCGGUGUACCACUUGGUUUGACUACAUCUUGAACAACAAGAGUGAAGUUCUGUGCGCUGGAUGUGACACACCUGAAUCGGCAGUGGUUCAAAGUCACCUGUCGAGCUUCUGGGGCGCCUACAAACUGGAGGACCCAAACCAUGAUGUUUAUAGAGUACAUGGUGGGCAUUUGCACCGCUGUGUGCCCUUUUACUUGUACUCUGACGAGGGGCGUGGAUACCGGAAGUCACCAGUGCAAGUGUUUGCCAUGGAAAGCGUGUUCGGCAUCCCAAAUGCCAAGGAUUACGAAAGGGUCACUUCCACGGGAGAUCUCUAUUAUUUGGAUUCCCAAGUCCAACCAUCAAGAGGGCAUUCCUUCAACAGCCGCUUUCUCUGCUGUGUCAUGCCACACCAAAUGUACAAAGGAAAAGUUGGCAAAGGUUUGUGGUGUGAUAUGGUGAGUGAGAUUGCUUCUGAUUGCUGCAAGCUUUUCCAUGAUGGUGUUGCAGUUCAUUUGAAGUCAGGCAACGGAGUUCAACAGUUCUAUGGUAUUUGCUUAGGCCACAAAGGGGACUUCCCUGCGCUGAUCAAAGCAGGUCACCUGCAGCGUUCGUUCCAAAAUUUGGGUGUCAACAAGGGCAUGUGCCCAUAUUGUGAUGCAGGACAGGCCAAUGUGCCCUGGGAGGAUGUUUCUCCUGAAGCUGCGUGGGUAUCGACCAUGUGGCGCACAGAGCCGUGGAGCAAUGAUAAUGUUUCACCAUUUCGGAUGGUGCCUUGUGACCAAAGCCGAGCGGCCAACUUCUACAAGAGCGACCCCUUUCACAUUUUCAAGCGAAGAGCUUUCAUAGCACUUUAUGAGAAGCUUCCAGCCUCCUUGGAGGACCCAACCGAGUUGGUGCAAAGACCCAGCACCGAGCCCCCCGCAGAGCCCGCCGAGCCCAGCGAGCCAGGGACGGCCACGGAGCCAAGCGCGAAGCGGUCCCGGGCGAGAAGCAGCAAGGCCAGCCAAGAACGGCUUCGGAUGGGAGAAAUCAACGCGAUGCACAACAAUGUGAUCCAAAAGCUUCGGAUCCAGGCGAGCCGUGACUACAAGACCACACCCACAGGGAUUGCUGCUUGGAAGUCGUGGAACCGGGAGUGUAAGCUCACCUGGCGCUUCUAUGACAGCGAUAAUGGCCUUCAAACAGAGGAGGUCACUGCAGUUGCUCCCACCAAGCCAAGAGCGAAGGCGAUGGCCCAUGAGCAGAUGCUCUUGCAGCAGAACCAAAUGCCCAAAGCCAGCGAGGCAGAGACAGAGGAGAUGCAGGAGAGCUCGGAUUCAACAAGGCGCAAGCCGGAGUGCGUGGAGUGCGGGAGCACCUGGAGCCUCUUCUUGCCCUCUGUGCUGCGCGCCGUGCUGGGAGAAGGCGAGAGAAAGCCCUGGCCGCGUUCCGCGGCGCGAGCGUUGAUGCAUGAGCUCUUGGACACCGCGCAGAGCCACAGCAGCGAGGGAGGUUUUCCAGUAGAUCUUUGGGAGUCCUUGCUCGAUGAGGCCAGCUUCGCUGUGCGACACUACUUCAUGGCGCUGCCAGCCUUGCGACAGAUAGCGGGUUUUUCUCUCAAUGAUGCCUUUCCUGGACCUCAGGAGAAGGAGUACUUCCAGCGCUUCCGGAAUCUCUUGGCAUUGGAGCGACACGGAGGGCUCAUGUCGGGCAUCCAAACCUACGAGUUGGAUCCCAAAGCUGCCUGCAGCGUCCCCACCCUGGAGGUCCACCUCUGCGAGGCGGAUCGGAUCGCCCUGUCCUCGCCUCCUGAGAGUAACAUCUUGGAGCUGGUGGAGGGCGCGCGUCCGCUCCGCGCGAGUGACCUGGUGUUGCUGGUGCCCAGUGAGGCGGCGGAGGAGGUCGAGCAACAGACUUGGGGUGAGGAACCGGAGAUGGGGAACAGUACGGGCUGGCAACAUCCGGAAGCCUGGCUUGCGAGCGUGAGCUCCAUUACUGGCAACCCACGCAUGGGCGAGGAGGUGCGGCUGAAUGUGCGGCGGAUCUCCGACUUUGCUGCGGACGUGGAGCUCAAGGAGGGGGGCCAGAGGCUCUCACCGAUCACUGUCGGUCGGAAUUUCAAGCUCUUCUUCUUAGCGAUGGAAACUCCCAUGGAUCGACAGCUCACAGCUUUGAGAUGUUUGACUCGCGUGAAGUUGCCGGCUUGGAGUGAGAACUACGAGAGUAAGCCCAGCUAUCAGUAUUUGGAUGAUGUUCAAAAGCUGCUGGUGGCUGGCCCAGAGGAAGCUGUGCAAAAGGCCACUGCAGCUGCCAGGGGUGGACUCACGCGAGAGCUCGCGGAGAACAACUUGGAGAGGCUGGCAAGGGAUUACUCGCUGAUUGCCGCGCUCACCCCCUCGCAAAACGAAGCCGUGCUGAAAGCGUUGGAGCAACGCUUGAGCUUAGUCCAAGGCCCACCAGGCACUGGGAAGACGCAAGUGGCAUGUGCCAUUCUAGCGGCCUGGGCGAGCAUCCAUGCGCCCAUGGGCGAGAAGAUCCUUGCAGUGGCAGACUCCAAUGUGGCCGCGGAUAACAUUUAUGUGCGCUUGCAAAGGAUGGGAAUUGAUUGCACACGAGUGGGGCAGGGGAAGGAAGUCGAGGGCCUUUCUGGAGAAAGCAUGUAUCGAGAAGUGCAGCGCGCAAAGAUUUUGGUGGCGACCUGCAUUGGCAGCGGCAUGGAGGUUUUGACCAAGACUGCAGGUGAAUUCCGACGAGUGCUGGUGGAUGAAUGCACUCAAGCUUGUGAGCCCUCGGUCCUGGUGCCCUUGGGUCGGCACUGUGAGCAGGUGGUGCUCAUCGGGGACCAUGCGCAGUUACCGGCCACGGUCUUGUCGAAGGCAGCAGCCUCUGACGGCUUGGGCUUGAGCCUUUUCGAGCGAAUGGCUGUGACCAACGGACUGGAGCCCAGUUUGCUUCUGGAGCAGCGGCGGAUGCAUAGCUCCAUCGCCGACUUCCCCAACGAGAUGUUUUAUGCAGGUCAGCUGGUGAACGCUGCGGACGAUGUGGCCCUCGAGGCAGUUCCCGGCUUCCCAUGGCCCAACCCCGACUGUCGCGUCGCCUUCGUGGACGUGGCGUCCUCGAGCGGCCUCGAGGGCCGCCGCGGCUUCUCCGCCUUCAACACGGCGGAGGCAGAGGCUGUGGCUGAAACGUUGGAGAGGAUCAUCAACGCGGGCUAUCCACCGAAUCAGAUCGUGGUUUUGACUGCCUAUCUGGCGCAGAAGCAGGAGCUGCGGCGGGCCAUCGAAAAUCGUGGCCUCGGGCAGUAUUUAAGCUCUUGCCAUGUGGAUACCAUCGAUGGCUACCAGGGCAUGGAGCAAGGCUUGGUCCUCUUCAGCGCCACCCGCAGCAAUGAGUCCAAUGCCCUAGGAUUCUUAGCUGACAACCGUCGGAUGAAUGUGAUGCUGACACGUGCCAAGCAAGGCCUCAUCGUUUUUGGCAAUGCGGAGACCUUGCGCAACAGCGCCUCCGUGGAAUCCAAAUGGCCUGCAUGGCUUUCGUGGAUCGAAGAGAGAAAUGCUUCCGUGUCCAACGAUCAACUCUCCAGCCUUUGGCAACAGGCGACGACGAGAAGGUGCGCCGCAACCCUUCGAACCGCGGCGCCGAGGCCUGAGACGCAGAGACAGGCCGACGUGGAACCAUCCAAGCCUACAGGCCACCUCGCUGGAGUGUCAAUCAAAGUGGCCCUCGGGUUGGCCGGCCCAUGUAGGUGCUGCUCCUACACCACCGCCCACACCGCCAACGGUAUGGCAACAGGUGUAUUCUGCAGAGCACAAGGCGUACUACUAUUGGAAUCAGGAGACCAACUUGACCCAGUGGGAGGAGCCUCCAAGCUUUAAGCCUCCACCUUGAGCUCGCUAGGUGCCGGUUGGCGCCCCCCACCGUCCGCUGCUGUUGGAACGACUCAAGCGAGUGAUGAACGAUAUAAUAGCCCAAAGCGAGUUUUUCACAGUGGGGGGGGCAGAAGGAUCUCGAAGCACAGGCUUUGAGUUUGGUGGCCGGUUGAGCAGAUAAUGCAACCCAAGCAAGCUCAAGCAGCUAUG